AUGGCUGCUGUUGUCUACUUAAAAGUUACUGACACUACUGGACGCUCCAACAUUUCGCUAGUGUGUGCCAAAACACAAGUUGCACCACUGAAACCAAUAUCUAUACCAAGAAUGGAACUCAAUGCCGCUGUAUCACUCGCUCAACUGGUACUCUACGUCAAGUAUGUCUUGAAACUUGAAAAUGUACCAAUUUUUUUGUGGACAGACUCCACUGGAUCCUUAACGUGGAUACGAAACAACCCAGCUAGAUGGAAAGUCUACAUUCGCAACAGAGUUACCAAGAUUCAAGAAUCGCUACCAAGUGUCAAUUGGGAUUUUGUCCCAGAAAAACUUAACCCAGCUGACUGCGCUUCAAGAGGUUUAACAGCAGCUAAACUAGAACAGCAUUCGCUAUGGUGGACGGGACCUAAGUGGCUCAGUCAAUCAAAAGAAAACUGGCCAUCUUUUGACAUCCCUUCGCAGACGGAAUCACAUCUUGAAGAACGUUCAGGUCUGGUUUUUACCAUCCACAAGGCAGAUUCACACCCGCUAUACACGCUACUGGAUAAAUUCUCUAAGUUGUCACCGUUACUUCAUACGCUUGGAAUCUGUCUACGUGCCAUCGCUAAAUUUAAAAAAGUGCCACAGUCCAUACUGGCCACACCACUUGCUACAGUUGACCUGGAACUCGCAAAGACUUUGCUGAUAAAGUAUACACAAAGUCAGUACUAUUCGCAAGAGCUGAAACUACUGAAAGAUGGUGAUUGUCUACAACGAAAUCAUUGUCUCGCUAAAUUGAUUCCCUACGUCGACUACAAUGGAGUACUCAGAGUCGGCGGUCGCUUAAAGAAUUCGCUACUGGAUGAUGAUCAGAAAAAUCCAGUUAUUUUACCAAGAUCAUGA